AUGGCAACAGCCAACGACCCCGGCCCCAAUGCCGAGAAAGGCGUCAACAUGUCGACCCAAGACGAGAAGAAUCAGAAUCAGCCACUGGACAUCGAGUCGAAAGCAACGGAGGACAAAAGCCAAUAUGCGCCUCGCAAAUUCACCCUGGACACAGCAGAUGCUCUUACUCCAGAUCGCGGCACAGAGGACAUGUUCAAUGCCAAAGAGGAGAGCAAGUUCGCAUUCACUCCUGGCCAUCUCACCAAGCUCCUAAACCCGAAGAGUCUCAGCGCCUUUUACGCUCUCGGGGGCCUCAAUGGCUUGGAGAAGGGACUGCAGACCAACCGCAAGUCCGGUCUGGGAACCGACGAAGACAAGCUAGACGCCAAAGUCUCUUUCGAGGAAGUCGCUCUCAAGGGCGUACCCAAGUAUGGCGCAGCUGGCAAUGCAGUCCCUCAACCAGAUCCCAAUGCAAAGAACGACGUUCCCAUUCCGCCGCCCCCAUCCGAAUACACCGGCGGGUUUUCGGAUCGGAAGCACGCGUUUCGAGACAACAGAUUGCCCCCCAAGAAACAAAAGUCCUUCCUCCAGAUGGUCUGGAUUGCCUACAACGACAAGGUGUUGAUUUUGUUGACAAUUGCGGCCGUCGUCUCCCUCGCACUAGGCCUGUACGAAACCUUCGGCCAAGCACACGAGCCAGGUGAAGCCAAAGUGGAGUGGGUAGAGGGUGUUGCCAUCAUGAUCGCCAUCAUCAUCGUUGUCUUGGUCGGCUCAAUCAAUGACUGGAAGAUGCAGCGUCAGUUCAACACGCUUAACAAAAGGAACGACGAUCGCACCAUCAAAGUCGUCCGUUCUGGCAAGUCGGUUGAGAUCUCCGUCUAUGACAUCGUCGUUGGCGACGUCGUCCAUCUGUCGACCGGAGACAUGGUCCCAGUCGACGGUAUCUUCAUCGAAGGUCACGGUGUCAAGUGUGAUGAGUCUUCGGCUACGGGCGAAUCCGAUCUCCUCAAAAAGGUCGGCGCCGAUGAGGUGUAUGAGGCUCUCGAGCAAAUGGCACACAACAACGUCGACCGUCCCGACAUCGAGAAGAUGGACCCCUUUAUCAUUUCAGGAAGCAAGGUCCAGGAGGGUACCGGGACUUUCUUGGUUACUGCGGUUGGUGUCAACUCUUCAUACGGUCGCAUCACCAUGUCACUUAGAACCGACCAAGAAGAUACUCCGCUGCAGAGAAAACUCAACAUACUUGCCGACCUCAUCGCCAAGGUUGGAGGCGGUGCAGCUCUGCUACUGUUCGUGGUACUUUUCAUCAAGUUUCUUGCCGCGCUUCCAGGGAACAACGACAGCCCCGAACAGAAAGGUCAGGCCUUUCUCAAGCUUUUCAUCGUUUCUGUCACUGUCGUUGUUGUGGCCGUCCCGGAGGGUCUGCCUCUGGCUGUCACGCUUGCACUUGCGUUCGCAACUACUCGGAUGAUGAAAGACAACAACUUGGUUCGAGUUCUGAAAGCCUGCGAGACCAUGGGCAAUGCGACGACCAUCUGUUCGGACAAGACAGGAACCCUCACGCAGAACAAGAUGUCGGUCGUUGCCACAACUCUCGGGAAGAGCAUCAGUUUUGGCGGUACUGACGCCCCUCUCGAAGAGCCCACAGCUGAGAAGCCCAAGAACAGCUCGUCACCGUCUGAUGAAACAGCCGUCAAUCAAGUUCAGAACGUUUCGGUUGGCGACUUCACCAAAAACCUGAGUCCGGAGACAAAGCAGCUCCUAAUACAAGGCAACACUGUCAACUCCACGGCAUUCGAAGGGGACCAGGAAGGAGAGCACACCUUCAUUGGUUCCAAGACUGAAGUCGCCCUGCUCACUUUCAGCCGUGAUCAGUUGGGAGCUGGGCCUGUCCAGGAGGAGCGAACAAACGCCAAUGUUGUCCAGGUUGUGCCCUUUGACUCAGCAGUGAAGUACAUGGCGACUGUGGUAAAGCUCCCUGAUGGAAAGUACAGAGCCUACGUGAAGGGGGCCUCGGAAAUCCUCCUGAAGCAAUGUACCAGAGUCCUUGACGACCCCAGUGGUUCCGAACUGAGUUCCGUGGAAAUGGCGGCCGAAGACAGGGAGAUGUUCGCACAGACAAUCGACUCAUACGCCGGCCAGACCCUUCGCACCAUUGGUUCUUCAUUCCGAGACUUUGAUUCCUGGCCACCCAAGGACGCCGUCUCUGAAGAGGAUUCCAGGACAGCGGACUUCGACAAGAUACACAAGGACAUGACGCUCAUUGCCAUAUACGGUAUCAAAGACCCACUGCGACCUUCUGUUAUUGACGCCAUUAAGGACUGUAAUCGCGCAGGCGUUGUAGUCCGCAUGGUGACAGGUGACAACAUUUUGACCGCGCGAGCAAUCGCCAAGGAGUGUGGUAUUUAUCAUCCCGAAGACGGCGGCAUAGCCAUGGAGGGCCCAAGCUUCCGACGAAAGACGGAAGAAGAGCUCAAGGAUAUCGUUCCCAAGCUGCAGGUUCUCGCCCGCUCAAGCCCCGAAGACAAGAGGAUCUUGGUCCGCACUCUCAAGGACCUCGGCGAGACGGUUGCCGUCACUGGCGAUGGCACAAACGACGCUCCCGCGCUCAAAAUGGCAGACAUCGGUUUCUCCAUGGGCAUUGCGGGCACCGAAGUCGCGAAGGAGGCAUCAGGCAUCAUCCUUAUGGAUGACAAUUUUGCUUCCAUCGUCAAGGCGUUGAUGUGGGGAAGAGCCGUUAACGACUCCGUCAAAAAGUUCCUGCAGUUCCAACUUACCGUCAACGUCACCGCUGUCGUCUUGACUUUUGUCACCGCGGUUGCCAGCUCUACUGAGCAAUCAGUGCUCAACGCUGUUCAGCUGCUCUGGGUCAACCUGAUCAUGGAUACCUUUGCAGCACUUGCGCUUGCCACGGACCCCCCCACACGAAGUGUUCUGGACCGCAAGCCUGAUCGAAAGUCUGCCUCGCUCAUAACUCUGAGAAUGGCAAAGAUGAUCGUUGGCCAGGCAAUCUGCCAACUCGUCAUCACCUUCGUCUUGAACUUUGCCGGUCGGAGUCUGCUGGGCUACAGCAACUCUGACGAUGACCACGAACGUUUGAGAACCCUCGUCUUCAACACGUUUGUUUGGCUGCAAAUCUUCAACGAGCUCAACAACCGCCGCCUGGACAACAAGCUCAACAUCUUCGAGAACAUCACUAAGAACUACUUUUUCAUCGGUAUCAAUCUCAUUAUGAUCGGUGGGCAAGUUCUCAUCAUCUUUGUUGGAGGCGAUGCAUUCCAAAUCAAGCCUCUGAAUGGAAAGGAAUGGGGACUGUCUGUCGGUCUCGGUGCCAUUUCCAUCCCCUUUGGCGUCUUGAUCCGCCUGAUCCCCGACGCAUGGGUGGCGGCAUGUCUGCCCUGGUUCAUCCGGAAGAAGUGGGCACCGGAGACCAUCUCAGACAAACGCCUCGAGGAGCAUCGCAGGUUUGCCGACGGCCUCGAGCCUCCUCUGCGGACACACACCGGACUCCGUGGCCGCAGGGCAGAGUCGCACAUUCCUUUCAGACAGAGAGUGCACGACGUAAAGGUUCAUGCCAAGGUGAAGAUGAGCGGUCACGACCACAGCAUAUCGCCUACCAAAGAGGGUUGA